UGUCCUUCAAAGGUACCAACCAAAACCAAAAUUGACCAAGAUGACAUGAGUCAUGAUUUCCAACAUCAGUUCAUGUUCUACAUGCCCAUGUAUAUCCUUACAUAAUACUAGACCCACUACAGCAUGUAUAAAUAACCCACUUUAUCAAGCUAAUGAAAAUAACCGUAAAAGAAAGAAACAAAAACACCAUAUUCCAAUUCGUUUGAGAUUUUCCAUUCAUUGUUACUGGUUCGUCAUAGCUUAAACACUGAGAAUUUCGAUGGCCUUAAACUCAUUUUCUCAACCUCAUUUUGUGUUGAUACCAUUUAUGUGCCAGGGACACCUUAUUCCCAUGGUAGAUAUAGCCAGGUUAUUGGCAGAGCGUGGUGUGAUCGUUACCGUAAUCACCACACCUAAGAACGCUGCCCGCUUCAGCAGUUCAAUCAAUGGCGCCAUCAAGUCUGGUCUAGCUAUUCGUGUCGAACAGCUCGGGUUUCCUGCUGCAGAGGUUGGUUUACCGGAGGGGUGCGAAACAAUAGAUAAUCUUCCGUCGAUGGAGCUUAUGAGCCGCUUCUACGCCGCAUUGAGCUUGCUGCAACAACCCGUGGAGAGGAUGUUGGAGGAGCUAAAACCCCGGCCAAGCUGCAUCAUAUAUGACAGGAAUUUCACAUGGAUAGUUACAUUGGCUUCCAAGUAUCAGAUUCCGAAGUUCUGGUUUGAUGGAAAGAAUUGCUUCUCUCUUUUGUGUUACCAUAAUAUAAUCACAUCUAGGGUCCAUGAAUGUGUCUCCCAAGGGGAGACCUUUCCGGUGCCUGGACUGCCUGAUAGAAUCGAACUCACACCAGCACAGGUACCUGGAUUUCUACAUACCAUGAAAGAACAUGCUGAAAAGGCAAUGGAGGCCGAAAGGGGAGCAGAUGGGGUGAUUAUAAACAGUUUUCAAGAGUUGGAAACUGAAUAUUGUGAAUCACUUGGAAAGGUUAAGAAACAAAACGUGUGGUGCAUUGGUCCCGUGUCACUAAGCAACAAAAACGAUUUUGACAAAGCUCGAAGAGGAAACGAGGCUUCAAUAACCGAUGAAGACCGAUGCUUGAAAUGGCUUGAUUCAUGGCCACCAAGCUCCGUAAUCUAUGUUUGCUUCGGGAGCCUCAAUCGACUAAUACCAACACAGUUGAUUGAACUGGGUUUAUCCUUGGAAGCAUCAAGAAGGCCAUUCAUUUGGGUUAUUAGAGGAGGGUAUAAGAAGGAAGAAAUGGAGAAAUGGCUAAAAGAAGAUGGAUUCGAGGAUCGAAUCAAAGGACGAGGACUCUUGAUACGGGGCUGGGCGCCACAAGUUUUGAUCUUAUCCCACCCAUCGAUCGGAGGAUUCUUGACACACUGUGGGUGGAACUCGACACUCGAAGGGAUCUGCGCCGGCGUGCCAAUGAUAACCUGGCCUUUAUUCUCCGAACAAUUCAUGAACCAGAAGCUACUUAUACAAAUACUGAAAGUUGGCGUAAGUAUAGGGGUUGAAGUUGCAGUGCAAAUGGGAGAGGAAGAAAAAUUUGGGGCAAUGGUGAAGAAGGGAGAUAUUAUGAAAGCAAUGGAGAGUUUAAUGGAUGGAGGAGAUGAAGGAGAAGAUAGAAGGAAAAGGGCAAAAAAGCUUGCGAAAAUGGCGAGGGUAGCAGUUGAAGCAGGUGGGUCAUCUUAUCUUAACAUUACGCUACUAAUUGAAUACAUCAUGCAACAAGCCACCAGUCAGAAUUAAAUGCUUUCAUGUAAAUCUUUUAUCAUUGUUCAUGUAAUUCAGUCGACACUCUAGCUUCCAAUAAUUAUUACAUGAAAUCUUUGUUUAAGGGUUGGUAUUAAUAAAUGUAUACUAGGAUUAUACCUGCACCAUGCGCAGGUCAAUAUUAAAAUAAUUAUUAUAAAUUUAUUUUAUAUUUAAUUUAAUGUUUUAGUAUUAUAUUUAUAUUUUUGUAUUUGUAUUUGUAUUAAUAAUAUGUUUUGUUCAACGAAUUUAA